UUUAUAUUAGAAAUGGGAAAUUUUAAUGGAAGUAGUCGUAAAGAGGGAAUAUUGGAGAGAGCGAAGGAGGAAAACGAGAGUGAGAAGGCCCUUCAAAGGCAAAAUGUGGGGAAAGAGGUUGAAGUAACGAAAAAUUUAAUUGUGAAGCAUUAUAAGACCUGUAUGACUUGUGAUAAUGAUGGGUAUUUAAACUUUAUGGUAGAUCUGGUAAAAACAAGAGAUUCAUUAUUUUUGAAAGAAUUUUCAAAGGCUAGCAAGUGCUUUCCUUGAUAUACAAAGCUGGAUGUCUCAUGAACUGAUUUAAAAGCCUUGAAAACAGCCAAUAAGUAUUUGUUCAAACAUGGCUUGCACCCAACAAUUUUAAAGCUAAAUUUGUCGAUUUCAAAUUCGAAAAAUUCUAACUCAACUAUCUACUCCAAACCUUUGACCAAGAUUCUUCCUUUUAUCCAAAAAUCUGUCGAAAUUUCUUGGAUGAAUAUAUCUAAAAGAAACUUUCAGUCUUGGAUUCUCAAAUGUAGCCAUAUUCCAAAUCUAAAGUUCUUCUUUUGUUCGAUUGAGGUCUUGAGACUCCAGUUUAAAGAUACCAUUAGAUACAAGAUUGAGAAUCUUGUCUUACAUGGAUGUCGAACUUCAACUAAAGUAGGGAUGCUUGAGUACCAGGAAGGAUAUACAGAUAUAAUAAGAGCUAUUUCUUCUUGAUCAAUGAGAGACUCCUUAAAGACUCUGCAAGCAGGGUCUUGUGCAGAGCACAAGACUAGGAUUCAGAAGAUUUUGGAGGAAUUUGGAAUGGAUAGAGUCAAGAUGGAGGGAUUUUAGAGAUCAAGGUUGGAGAAUUUGGGGUUUU